AUGGAUUUGAUGGGGUGCUCCAAGGUGGGAGCUUGGAGGGAAGCACUCUCCUCCUACCAGGCAAGCCUCGAGUCGCUCCAUAAGCCAGAGCUCCUCCCUCUGGAUGAUUUCUACCAGAACCAGCUACCUCUGCUUCUCAAGCAGAGGGACCCCGAGCCCUACAUGAGCAAGCCGGAACUGUCCAAGCUCAUGCAGUGGAAACUCUCCCGGGGGAAAUGGAGGUAACCGCCGAUCGAGUCAUCCCCUAUCGAAUAUUAGGGCUUUUCGCCGGUCAUCUUCAACAAUCUGAAUUAGGGUUUGGGGUCUCUCAGGCCGCGGCUGCAGGAUUUCGUGUCCAAGCUGGAGGAAACGCAGGUCGAAUCCGCCUCCCGGAGGGCCUUCGGGGCUCUUCCUGAUCUCUCCAAGGCCAUCUCGGAGCUGACGACUCUGAAGGGCGUCGGCCCGGCGACGGCAUCCGCCGUGCUUGCGGCCUAUGCUCCCGAUCUCGGCCCGUUCAUGUCUGAUGAGGUGACUCACUCUCCCCAUCCUCUCGAGAUCGAGCGCUCUGAUUUCUAGACCAGUAGAGAGAGAGGGAAGUCUCCCUGUUUGAGGACUAAAACCUCCCUGUUUUGACUCCAUUGGAAGGCGAUGAUGGCGGCGCUGGGGAACAAGGAGUACACCUUGAAGCAGUAUCUCGCCUUUGCCAGAAAGCUACAGAAGAAAGCGAAGGUCAGCCAUUUCAUCCCUCCUCUGGUUCCGCCAUUUCUGCUUCCCCGAGCUUGAUAUGGGCUAAAACCCUGCGGACGGAUUGAUCCACUCUACUCUACAGGAACUGACCGAGGAAGGGUGUCCCUUCACCGCCUCGGACGUUGAACGGGCACUGUGGAGCUUCUCCGUGGGACGUCAGGGGCCACAAUCUCCGGCAUCGAAGAACUCGAAAGGGACCCCUCGGGGAGGGGCCAAGCGGAAGAGAAACGCAUGA